AUUUGAGUAAUUCAUUUCGCUGCUAAGGACAAAGAGCAUUGCCUGGUGCGAACUGCCGUCCUUACUGGUACCAAGUCUGCGUUUCAAAAAGCCUCUUGGUCUGUGUGUCGAGUCUCGACCCUGCUACAGCAACGCAAGCCAAUUGUGGAGCGUCGAAGCAGCCAUUUCUUUACAUAUCGAUUGCCAUGAACACCAACACGCCGAAAACGUACUUCUACGAAAAGCCGCUGGGACGGUCAAACACGAAUACGCAUAAUAAUGCACCAAUGUAUUACCUGGAGAAACCGUUGGUCCGCUCAACCUCGACGACAUCGUCCACAAUGUCAGACCGAUCGCGGUCGACGCCUUUGUCAAGGUUGUUGUUGUCGGGAGAAGUCAGCGGCGAAGCGCCCCGAAACUUGACCAUGAAAGAGAAGUUCGAAAGAUGGAUGCUUAAUGAAGGCUCAAGGCGAAUGGUCGUCGGGAUGUUCGUGCUGGUUCACGGAUUGAUAUUCGGUUUCGGGUUCAUGAACUACCAACUAAAGGACAACCUCACAACCGCGCGCGCAACCUUUGGCAUAACCUAUCCUAUUGCGCGAUCAGCAGCACUGGUGUUGCACUUCGACAUCGCCUUGAUCCUCUUCCCUGUCUGCAGGACGCUGAUAUCGCUCUUGCGCCAAACACCCCUCAACAGCAUCGUACCCUUCGACAAGAAUCUCACCUUUCAUAAACUGGUCGCCUUCUCGAUUGUCUUCUUCACCUGGGUUCACACAAUCGCACAUUGGAACAACUUUGCUAGGCUUGCGGCAGAGACGGGUACGGGUUUUGUUGGCUUUCUGAAGAUCAACUUCGUCACUGGGCCGGGUUGGUCUGGCUAUGUGAUGCUAUUUGCUUUGAUGGCAAUGCUGGCCACUUCGCUCGAAAAGCCCAGGCGCAAAAACUUUGAGCGCUUUUGGUCUGUCCACCACCUGUUCAUCGUCUUCUUCGUCUUCUGGUCUGUACAUGGCGCCUUUUGCAUGAUCAAGACAGACACCGCUCCUUUCUGCUUCGGUACUGGAGUGUUCUGGGAGUACUGGAUGUAUGGUGGCUUUGCCUACCUGUUGGAGCGGGUACUCCGAGAGAUUCGUGGCCGACACAAGACAUACGUGACCAAGGUCAUCCAGCACCCCAGCAAUGUCGUGGAAAUUCAAAUGCACAAAGAGAAGACGAAGACGAAGGCAGGGCAGUACAUCUUCCUCUGCUGUCCAGAAGUCUCCAUUUGGCAGUACCACCCUUUCACCCUUACCUCUGCACCAGAUGAGGACUAUAUCUCCGUUCAUGUCCGCAUGGUGGGCAACUUUACGAAAGCCCUUGGCAAGGCUCUUGGAUGCGAGGAAAGCAAAGGCAGGGGAGGUGGUGGUGACCGCGCCAAGAAAGAAGGCUCUGAAGUCAUUUCCAUGGCGCCUGGAGGCGACGGACUGACAAAGCUUUUGCCUCGCAUCUACGUUGAUGGUCCUUUUGGAUCUGCGUCGGAAGAUGUCUUCAAAUUCGAAACAGCCAUUCUGGUUGGUGCGGGUAUUGGAGUCACGCCUUUUGCAAGUAUUCUGAAGUCCAUCUGGUAUCGAAUGAGUACCGGCCAGGGUGGCAGGACUCGCCUACGCAAGGUGUACUUCUUCUGGGUUUGCCGAGAUUUCGGAUCUCUGGAGUGGUUCAAGAGCUUGCUCAUGGCUAUCGAAUCGCAAGACAAGCAGCACAACAUUGAGAUUCAUGCUGUAAGUCUGAGCAGAGUUACAUUCUUGUGAGUGACUGCUAACACUGUUUUCAGUACCUGACUGCGAAAAUUUCUGCUGCAGAUGCCAACAACAUCAUGCUCAACACCACCGACACUGAUGCCAUUACUGGCCUCCGUACGCCUACGAACUUCGGGCGCCCCAAUUGGGAUAUGGUGUUCCGUGCAGUUCGAAAGCUACAUUCGCCCGGCGAAGCUGGCGUGUUCUUCUGCGGUCCAAAAGGUCUUGGACAUCAACUGCACCUCAAGUGUAACAUGUAUAGCGAAGGUGAC